AUGAGCUUGGCUUACUUCACCACUGUCGCCUUCUUGAUUGCGAAUCUCAUGGGCGCGGCCUGGGCAGCCCCCACAACUCCCGCCUCCGCAAACCAAACCGAAGUUAAAAGUGAUUCACAACCUAAAAUAAAAGCAACCGUCGGGAAUAAUAGGACUGAGUCAGCACCAACUACUCCAGGGGUUGAGCUCCCAUCUGGAUUCCAAGAAGAAGCCGAAUGCCGGGCCGAUUGGCAAAAGUUCAUUGUUGAUUUCAGUGUGCAGUACGCAAACGAUGAGGAGGCCCAAAAACGUCGUAACAUAUUCUGCGCUAAUUGGCAAAGGAUUCAGGAGCACAAUUUUCAAUACGAAGCGGGAAAAGUAUCCUUCAAGAAGAAAAUAAAUCAGUGGUCUGACUGGACCAUUGAAGAGUGGAAGGAUAAACAACGUCCUCUCCUUGCCCCUGAAUUUGACAAGGCUAAACCUACGACUGAAACAUCUGAAAAGGAUCAAACGAGGAUUAAGUGCCAGACUGCCUGGGAGAAGUUCUUGACAGAUUAUAGUCGAAAAUACGAAAAUGAUGAAGAGACUGAGAAGCGUCGCUGCAUCUUCUGUGACAACUGGCAAAGGAUUCAAGAGCACAAUGUGCUAUACGAAGCGGGAAAGGUUUCCCAUAAGAAGAGCAUAAACCAGUGGUCUGAUUUGACGUUUGAAGAGUGGAAGAAAAUGCAAGAACCCUCCUUUCCUCCUAAUAUGGAGACAUCUGGAAAUAAAACUGAACCAGCUUUAGCAGAGUUUUCAGAAGAAUCUCAGAAUAAAUUUCCAGCGAAUAUGGAAGAGCAUGGAGCAUAUGUUGCACCUCUGAAACCAAAGUUACUGAAUGAAGAACAACUAGUUGAAGAAGAAAGCCUGAUAGGGAAACCAGCUAAUAGAGAAUUAACGGGAACCCAAACGGAGGAAGCUAUAGUGGAAAUAGGGUCGCAGGAACACUGGUUUCCAGCUAAAAAUGAAUCGCCUGGAACAUAUAUUGUGAAAACGGACGCAUCUGAAGAUGAUAAGAAAGGGAUUAAGUGCCAGGCUGCCUGGGAGAAGUUCAUGAUUGAUUACGCCCCAAAAUAUGUAAACGAUGUCGAAACUGAGAAACGUCGGAGCAUCUUCUGUGACAACUGGCAAAGGAUUCAGGAGCACAAUGCACAAUUUGAAUUAGGAAAGGUUUCCUACAAGGAAAGUACAAAUGGGUGGUCGGACUUGACUUCUGAAGAGCUUAAGAGUCAAAAUCCAGAUAUCCUUCCGCCUAGUUUAAAACCAUCGUCAAACAAAACGGAGGAAACUAUAGUGGAAGUUGGGUCGCAGCAGGUUUGGUUUCCACCUAAUACGGAGGAACCCGGAACAUAUGUUGUGAAAACGGACACAUCUGAAGAAGAUAAGAAAGGGAUUAAGUGCCAGGCUGCCUGGGAUAAGUUCCUGACAGAUUUUAGUCGAAAAUACGAAAAUGAUGAAGAGACUGAGAAGCGGCGCUCCAUUUUCUAUGAUAAUUUUCAAAGAAUUCAGGAGCACAAUGUGCUAUACGAAUCGGGAAAGAUGUCUUACAAGAAGAGCAUAAACCAGUGGUCUGAUUUGACGUUUGAAGAGUGGAAGAAAAUGCAAGAACACUCCUUUCCUCCUAAUAUGGAUACACCUGGAAACAAAACUGAACCAGCUGAAGCCCAGUUUUCAGAAGAAUCUCAGAAUAGAUUUUCGGCAAAUAUGGAAGAGCAUGGAGCAUAUGUUGCACCUCCGAAACCAAAGUUACUGAAUGAAGAACAACUAGUUGAAGAAAAAAGCCUGAUAGAGAAACCAGCAAAUAUAGAAUUAACUGGAAACCAAACGGAGGAAGCUAUAGUGGAAAUAGGGUCGCAGGAAGACUGGUUUCCAGCUAAUAAUGAAUCGCUUGGCACAUAUAUUGUGAAAACGGACACAUCUGAAAACGAUAAGAAAGGGGUUUGGUGCCAGGCUGCCUGGGAGAAGUUCCUGAUUGAUUAUACCCCAAAAUAUGAAAACGAUGUCGAAACUGAGAAACGUCGGAGUAUCUUCUGUGACAACUGGCAAAGGAUUCAGGAGCACAAUGCCCAAUACGAAUUUGGAAAGUUUUCCUACAAGAAGAGUACAAAUGGGUGGUCGGACUUGACUUCUGAAGAGCUUAAGAGUCAAAAUCCAGAUAUCCUUCCGCCUAAUUUAAAACCAUCGGAAAACAAAACGGAGGAAACUAUAGUGGAAGUUGGGUCGCAGCAGGUUUGGUUUCCACCUAAUACGGAGGAACCCGGAACAUAUGUUGUGAAAACGGACGCAUCUGAAGAUAAUAAGAAAGGGAUUAAGUGCCAGGCUGCCUGGGAGAAGUUCAUGAUUGAUUACACCCCAAAAUAUGAAAGCGAUGUCGAAACUGAGAAACGUCGGAGCAUCUUCUGUGACAACUGGCAAAGGAUUCAGGAGCAUAAUGCGCAAUUUGAAUUAGGAAAGGUUUCCUACGAGGAGAGUACAAAUGGGUGGUCUGACUUGACUUCUGAAGAGCUUAAGAGUCAGAAUCCAGAUAUCCUUCCGCCUAGUUUAAAACCAUCGGAAAACAAAAUGGAGGAAACUAUAGUGGAAGUUGGGUCGCAGCAGGUUUGGUUUCCACCUAAUACGGAGGAACCCGGAACAUAUGUUGUGAAAACGGACACAUCUGAAGAUAAUAAGAAAGGGAUUAAGUGCCAGGCUGCCUGGGAGAAGUUCCUGAUUGAUUACGCCCCAAAAUAUGACAGCGAUGUCGAAACUGAGAAACGUCGGAGCAUCUUCUGUGACAACUGGCAAAGGAUUCAGGAGCACAAUGCCCAAUACGAAUUAGGAAAGGUUUCCUACAAGGAGAGUACAAAUGGGUGGUCUGACUUGACUUCUGAAGAGCUUAAGAGUCAGAAUCCAGAUAUCCUUCCGCCUAGUUUAAAACCAUCGGAAAACAAAACGGAGGAAACUAUAGUGGAAGUUGGGUCGCAGCAGGUUUGGUUUCCACCUAAUACGGAGGAACCCGGAACAUAUGUUGUGAAAACGGACGCAUCUGAAGAUGAUAAGAAAGGGAUUAAGUGCCAGGGUGCCUGGGAUAAGUUCCUGACAGAUUUUAGUCGAAAAUACGAAAAUGAUGAAGAGACUGAGAAGCGGCGCUCCAUCUUCUGUGAUAAUUUUCAAAGAAUUCAGGAGCACAAUGUGCUAUACGAAGCGGGAAAGGUGUCCCAUAAGAAGGGCAUUAACCAGUGGUCUGAUUUGACGUUUGAAGAGUGGAAGAAAAUGCAAGAACACUCCUUUCCUCCUAAUAUGGAUACACCUGGAAACAAAACUGAACCAGCUGAAGCCCAGUUUUCAGAAGAAUCUCAGAAUAGAUUUUCGGCAAAUAUGGAAGAGCAUGGAGCAUAUGUUGCACCUCCGAAACCAAAGUUACUGAAUGAAGAACAACUAGUUGAAGAAAAAAGCCUGAUAGAGAAACCAGCAAAUAGAGAAUUAACUGGAAACCAAACGGAGGAAGCUAUAGUGGAAAUAGGGUCGCAGGAAGACUGGUUUCCAGCUAAUAAUGAAUCGCCUGACACUUAUAUUGUGAAAACGGACGCAUCUGAAAACGAUAAGAAAGUGGUUUGGUGCCAGGCUGCCUGGGAGAAGUUCCUGAUUGAUUACACCCCAAAAUAUGAAAACGAUGUCGAAACUGAGAAACGUCGGAGCAUCUUCUGUGACAACUGGCAAAGGAUUCAGGAGCACAAUGCCCAAUACGAAUUAGGAAAGGUUUCCUACAAGGAGAGUACAAAUGGGUGGUCUGACUGGACUUCUGAAGAGCUUAAGAGUCAAAAUCCAGAUAUCCUUCCGGCUAAUUUAAAACCAUCGGAAAACAAAACGGAGGAAACUUUAGUGGAAGUUGGGUCGCAGCAGGUUUGGUUUCCACCGAAUAUGGAAGAACCCGGAUUAUAUAUUGCAGAAACGACCUUGGAACCUGAAGCAUUAGAUAUAGAAUUCUCCGACGAAGUUCGUCAGAUUGAAGAUUUAGAAGAACCAGUUAAUACGAAAUUACCUGGAACAUUUCCUGCUAAACCACCAAAGAAAUCGAAUUCUUCGAAUGAAGAAGUUCUCAUAGAAUAGCAGUAAAAAACAAAAAUUAAUCAGAGAGGUAACAGACUUCUUUUCAAACUGAUGUAGUGUAUAAAGUAUAAGGAAUUGUAAAGUAAACGAAGGGACCCAAUAAAAAUACUUGACUGUUA